GUGGCCCCUUCAGUCUUUGAUUCGCAGCUGCCGCGGUCGCUCGCCGACUCCGCUGCUGCCGCCGCCGUCGCCGUCGCCGUCGCCGUCGCCGCCGCCGCCGCCAUCUCUCCUGAGCGAGUGCUGUGAAACGCUCUCUCGCUCUCUCGCAGUCUCGCGCGCGUCCCAGUGUGUCUCUCCCGGGAUCAGUCGAGAGAUUAACGAGAGGCCGUCGAGCGCAGGAGGAAGAGAGGAGACCUCGUGACUCCGCCGCGCGGCCGCGCCACUCUCUCUCUUUCUCUCUCUCUCUCUCUCUCUCUCUCUCUCCCCGUGACGGGGAACGGCUAUCUCCGGACCGCGCGCGACCCUCCGCGAGUUGCCAGCGUCGCCGCGCACCUGUGAAUCGCCGGAUCACACCGGGCGCCGUCGUGGCCACGAUCAGCGAACCGUUGACUGCCGAAGGCACGCUGCGCUCUUGACGUUUGCCGCGUCCGGCCAGGGUGAGCGGUGUGUCCGUAGAGGUCGGCGAGAGGCCUGAAGCUCCGACGGAGGAGCAGCAGCUGGGGAAGAUCGACGGGGUAGUGGAAAGUUGGCGGAAAGAAGCCGCGAGGACACCCCUGCACAGCCUCUCUCGCGGCAUUGCCGCUCUCGCGCUCCGCGGCUGCGGGAGCUUCCGGAUACGGAGCGACGUCCAGGCCUCCCCCGACGACACUUCGUCAUCCCCUCGACGCGCGUCCUCGUAGUUUCCGCGUUGAAGCCCGGGGAUUUUCGGGGCUACUCCGUGCACGCUCUCUCCGCAGCAGCGCAGGAUUUGCGUGUGCGGGUUCUCGGUCCGCUGACCCAAUUAGUUUUCGCACAGUCGAGCAGCGACAGCGCUCGCGACUAAGAGCGAGGAAGAGAGAGAGAGAGAGAGAGAGGGAGGGAGGGAGGGAGGAUAUCUGCGAGCGAGCGUCAGCCGAACGAACCGAGACGACUCGGAAGGUGCCUUCGACAAAGGGGUGCAGAUUGAAUUCUCCAACGUGAACUGUGCGAACGUGCUGUCUCCCUGCCGCUGCCUGAAGCUGCUCGUCGGCGGCCACGCGUCGGAAUCCGCUGGUCGUCCAGCGGCGAGUCAAUUGGUCGCCGUCAGCCAUUCGACUCGACGAUCCUUCGCUUCUCCGAGCAGCUCCGCGCCGUCUGCUGCUCCCUUGGUGUUGUUGGCCUUUGGCAGAGAAGUGACAGGUGGUGAAAGUACGCGAGCCGGUCGAUACAGUGGUGUUUGCCUCUUCGGUUUCUCCGGGGCCGCCUCCGCAGUGCUGGCGAGCGAGCGCGCGAUUAUUUCCCUCACGGGCUGCCGGCAGCGAUCGCGGGAACAUCGCGCACCGUUCCCGAAGAGAAAGGACGAAAGGACGACGUCGUGGAGCGGGCCAGCAUCACCGCCGCCGCCGCCGCCGCCGUCGUCGUCGUCGCCGUCGUCGCCGUCGGCGUGGAAAAGGAAAACCCGGGUGGUUCCUCGUUCGCGGAGCGGCACGCUGAAUCGCCGUGUCGAACAUCGCUCGCGGGCGGAAGUUGAACUUUCUCGCUGGCGUUGACAGAUCGAUAACAAAGUUUGCGUACGCUAGUUUCCCCCCCGUGUCGUGGCUGCCGGCCGCGCGAGCGGUAGCGCGGAGUCUGCAGCGCCCUUCUUGCACUCCACCUUCUCCUCCAUCCACUUGGUCUCCUCCUUCUCUCCUCAUUCUCUCCUCACCGCUCUCUCGUCGUCCUCGUCGUCGUCCUCGUCGUCGUCCUCGUCGUCGUCGUCGUCGUCGGCAACGGCGGCCUCCUUCUCUCUUCCUCGUCUUCAACGGGCGCGGAAUGUGCCUAACGCUAACCGACUCCCGCGCCCGUGCGUCCUGAGCCGUGCGUCCCUGCGGAGCCAAGCCCGCGAAAGCGCUCACCUGUGAACGUUCGGGGUCAAUGAACCCGGUGAACGCGACUGUAGCGCGGAGGUUCGAUUAAACGUAAAAGCUCGAGGACGCAACACACGCACAAACACGCACAUACAUCUCUCUCUCUCUCUCUCUUUGUCUCUCUCUCUCUCUCUCUCUCUCUGUCUUUCUCUCUCUCUCUCUCUCUGUGUGUGUGUCAACGGCGCCUUGCGAGCUGAACGACGUGUGACAUGCGACCGUAGGAGUAGACGAAGAGCCGCGCGCCAAGAAGGCCCAGCAGCGCCAGCCUCGCCAGCGGGGCCGCUUUGGAUGCCGAACGUGCGGCGUCCGGCGGAAAUCUGACACCCCGGCGAUCCAACCGUCGCGGCAGCCUGUCGUUCUCGUUGCCGACCAAGGAGUACCUCGUCAAGUAUCGGCGGAAAGAGGAGAAGCUACGCGAGAGCGCCGUAGAGCGCGAACGGGGUAGCAGGGGCAGCUCCUCCUGCCCCAGGCUCGCCCUUGAGGGUACCAGCAAGUGCGCAACGGUGAAGGGCAACGGCGGAUUCGGCGAUUACUCGGCGGCGAGUGAGUUUGAGGUCUGGGGCGACGAACACCACGCUGCGGAUGGUCUAGACAGGCAGGUGGCGAGGCCGCCUUCGCGGCAGCAACGAUGCGAAGGCGGUUCUUCCCUGAGGCCGUUGCUCCACGUAGCCCACUGUGAGCUCCACUCGCCGCGGGAGGCCGAGCUCUUGCGUCUCGAUCACCUCGAGGGCCUCGAUCACAAGUCCGUCGAGCACGACGCGUACUCGAUGAUGGAUAAUUUCCACAGCCCCGUGCCGCCGCCGUUACCACGACGUCACGUCCGGCUUCCGCCGCCGCAACAGCAAGUGACGGUGGGCUCCCUAGGCAGCGGUUUAGGCGGCGCCGGAAAUGGCGGUACCGCGACAGUAGGCGCGCAGAGCCAGAGCAUGGUGAUGCCGGGUUUUCCACUUCGCGCCGCCGCGGUGCCGCACUACUCGCCGUACUCGCCGUCGCGCUUUCACAUCGACAAGCGCUGUCAGCACAGAUGCUCCUGGAAAUGUUGCUCGAUCACGCUCAUCCUCGUGGCGGUCGCGCUGACGGCGAUGCUGGUGUACUUCGCUAUAGCGGGCUCUAUGCGCCCGAUCGAUAGCACUAACUGCAUCCUGGUUCAAGAUAUCAAGGCUGUCACUCACGAAAACGCACACAUCCACGACUCGAUAUCUACGCAGAUACCUACAGAAGAAUCCUUACCCACGAGCACGGCGGAGCACUCGAGCGCCGCGGACAGCGCCGGCGACCAGCAGAGCGACCCGCAGAUCCAGCAAUCCGCGCAGCAAUGGCCGGCCGUGCUGGAGCUGCAAGCGUACAAUGUCGCGCACUCCGCCCUCAUACCGCCGUACCACUUCUGGAACACGGAAUUUCGCAACAAGCAGCCAGCGUUCAUCCGGCUGAACCUCACGCUGCCGUGGGGCGCGAACUUCGCCGUUUACGGCAGGCGGAACGUCGCGCCCAGCGUCACGCAAUACGACUUUGUGGAGUUCGUGAAGGGCGGCAGGGUGGUCCACAGGCUGAAGAGGGACGCCACCGCGGAGGCCGUCAGCUUCAUGAAGUCCGGCAGCACGCAGGACUCGCGUGUGGAACGCGCCGCCCGAUCGCCCACGUCCUACCAGCACGUGCUGAUCAAGAGGACCAUAGCCGACCCGAUGACGGUGAACGUCAGUCUGCUGCAGUACUUCGACACCGGCGACUGGUUCUUGUCCGUGUAUAACGACGAGCUGCAGCCUUACAAGGUCACACUGGUGGUCACGGAAGCCGAAGGCGUCUCCACUACGUGCCCCAACGAUUGUUCCGGACGAGGCUCCUGCUACCUCGGCAAGUGCGACUGCAUAGACGGAUAUCAGGGUGCUGAUUGCAGUAAAAGCGUGUGCCCGGUGCUGUGCUCGUCUCAUGGACAAUACGGCGGCGGCAUGUGUCAUUGCGAGGAGGGUUGGAAAGGCGCCGAAUGUGACAUACCGCUCGGUGACUGCCAAGUGCCCGACUGCAAUCGGCACGGCCAGUGCGUCCGAGGAUCCUGCGUCUGUAAUCCAGGCUGGAAGGGCGCCUUCUGCGACGAACCCGACUGCUCCGACCCGAACUGCAGCGGCCAUGGUGCCUGUGUCUCCGGCAAGUGCUACUGCAAGGCGGGCUGGCAGGGCGAACGAUGCAAUCAGGUCGACCAGCAGGUGUACCAGUGUCUACCGGGCUGCUCCGAUCACGGCACGUACGACCUCGAAUCCGCGGCCUGCGUCUGCGAGGAACACUGGACCGGGGUUGAUUGCUCGCAGCCGAGCUGCGGCCUGGACUGCGGACCUCACGGAUCCUGCGAGCAGGGUCGUUGCAAAUGCCACGACGACUGGACCGGCACGAAAUGCGACCAGAAGCCGUGCGAUCCGCGCUGCGCCGAGCACGGUCAAUGCAAGAAUGGAACCUGCGUGUGCAGUCAAGGAUGGAACGGGAGACACUGCACCUUACCUGGCUGCGAAAAUGGAUGCAGCCGCCACGGACUGUGCACGUUGCAGGACGGCGAGUACAGUUGCGAAUGCUCGACCGGAUGGGCCGGUAGAGAUUGCAGCAUACGGCUUGAAAUGGAAUGUAAUGACUACGUCGAUAACGACGAAGAUGGCAUGAUGGACUGUUCCGACAGCGAGUGCUGCUCGCACGACGCUUGUUCGGAACACAUCAUGUGCCUCGCUAGCAACAAUCCUGUGGACGUUCUGCUGCGGAAGCAGCCGCCCAGCGUCACGGCGUCCUUCUAUCAGCGGGUCAAGUUCCUCGUCGAGGAGAACAGCGUACAGAGCUACGCUCACAUGGACGAGUACACGGAAAGUACGUUCUGGAGUUCCUUUACACCGCGUCGAGUUGCGGUGAUGCGAGGCCAAGUUGUUACCGAACAAGGACUCGGAAUAGUAGGCAUCCGGGUGUCCGUGGACAGAGACUCGCGCUUUGGAUUCACCUUGACCAGAGCAGACGGAUGGUUCGACGUCCUGGUCAAUGGCGGAGGCGCCGUGACGCUUCAAUUCCAGCGCAGCCCCUUCAUGCCUCUUACGAGGACCGUCUUCGUACCCUGGAAUCAGAUAGUCGUCCUGCCGCCCGUUGUGAUGACCCUCAGCAAGGAAGGCGAAUUGUACAAAUCCAACCAGCCGCCGAGCCCGGCAGUGGGCUUCCCAGGAAUUUCGAUGGGACUAUUUAGCGAGCACGGCCCGUGCUUGGAGCACGACCACGAGAUACUGCGGCCCGUCAUCGUCAGCACGUGGAUGCCGGAGAAAGUUGGUGCUUUGCCCGGCAAGAGUCUGGUCUUCGCGGAGAGUCAGAUCGUGCAGGAAAGCAUCGCUAUUCCGGGCUCAAACCUCCACUUGAUGUAUCAAAGCAGCCAGGCUGCGGGCUACCUCUCUACCGUGAGAAUGCAACUGACUGGGCCGUUCAUUCCGAAAUCGCUGACGCACGUACACGUGCACGUGGAAAUCGAAGGCUCGCUCCAUACGAAAACGUACGAGGCCGAUCCGAAUCUGACGCACACGUUCGCCUGGAACAAGAGGAACGUUUACAAGCAGAAGGUGUACGGUGUGGCGCAGGCGAGGAUCUCAAUCGGCUAUCAGCACUCCACUUGCCCGUCGGUCAUAUGGGAGACACAGACGGCCACUCUGCAAGGAUUCGACGUCGACAUCUCCGAUAUCGGCGGCUGGGGCCUCGAUAUCCACCACCAUUACAACUUCCACGAGGGGAUCCUGCAGAAAGGCGACGGCUCAACCCUCCAUUUUAAGCAGUACCCGCGCACCGUCAAGGUGGUUAUGGGCACCGGCCUGCAGAGGAGCUUGGUGUGUCAGAAUUGCGACGGCCUCGCGAAGGACGCCAGGCUUCUCACCCCGGUGGCGCUCACCAGCGGGCCCGACGGCAGCAUCUACGUCGGGGACUUCAACCUCGUGCGCCGGAUCACGCCCGAAGGAAAGAUCUACACCGUCCUGAUCCUGAGCGCGACUCAAGUGGCGUAUCAGUACUACUUGUGCAUCUCGCCGGCCGACGGCCACUUGUACAUCAGUGAUCCGGAGAAGCAUCAAAUAUUGAAAGCCCUCUCAUUGGAACAAGUCCAAGACCCCAGCAUCAAUAUCGAGUCUGUCGUCGGAAGCGGCGAGAGGUGCAUUCCAGGCGACGAAGGUCACUGCGGUGACGAAGGCCCGGCCAUCCAUGCGAAGCUGGCUCAUCCCAAAGGAAUCGCAAUCGCGGCCGACAAAACGAUGUACAUCGCCGACGGAACCAACAUUCGCGCGGUUGAUCCCCGCGGCAUCAUUCACACGCUCGUGGGACACCACGGCCAUCACAAUCACUGGUCUCCGGCACCCUGCACCGGCGCCAUUCCCGCGCACCAGGCCCAGCUGCAGUGGCCGACCGGGUUAACCCUGAGCCCGCUGGACGGAUCUCUGCACUUCAUCGACGACCGGCUGGUGCUGAAGCUCACGAGCGACCUGAAGGUGCGCGUGGUUGCUGGCACGCCUCUUCAUUGCACCAGCAGUGCCAACAGCAACGUCAACGGCAACGGCGAGCUGCCGAAGUUGAACUCGUCGAUUACGGUGAACUCGAAGAAGUCGGACGAGGUGCUGGGCUCGGUGUUGGCCGUCGGCUUCAGCCCAACCGGCGAGCUGUACAUAGCCGAUCGCGACUCCCACCGGGUCAACUCCAUCAGGAUCGUCGACUCGUCCGGGAAAAUGUCGCACUUUGCCGGCCAGCAGCAAGAGAGACUGCGCGGUCAAUGCGAGUGCAACAAUACGACACCCAGCACCAAGGACAUGGAUGCGUGCGCCUGCACGGACGACAUCAGUAGCACCGAGACACUUCUGUCGUCAAACGCCAAGUUCACCGCGAUAUCCGCGUUGGCGGUGUCGCCGGACGGGGUCCUGCACGUGGCCGAUCAAGGUAGCCUCCACAUCUUGGCUCUCCAGCCGUAUCUGCCGAAUCACGACGAGAGCGGGGAGUUCCACAUCCCGUUCCCACCGUCGAACGAGGUCUACGUGUUCAAUCGUUAUGGCCAGCACACCUCCACGAAAGACCUGACGUCUGGCAAGACCCGCUACUCCUUCUUGUACAGCAAGAACACGAGCUUCGGCAAGCUGUCCACGGUGACGGACAGCGCGGGCAAUAAGAUCCAGUUCUUGCGGGACUAUAGCAGCGUCGUCAGCUCCAUCGAGAACACUCAGGACCACAAGUCCGAGCUGAAGAUCUCCGCGGUCGGCUUCCUGGAGAAGCUGUCCGAGCGCGGCAGGGCCGAGAUUGCUUUGGGAUACGACGGCUCGACUGGACAGUUCCGUCGAUCGGGGGGAGAUGAAACGUACAUCUACAAUUACGACGGCCUGGGACGCGUCACCGACGUAAUUCUGCCCACAGGCGAGAAAUUGAAGCUGUCGUCGGACUUGUCCGACGACGAGGAUCUGUCGGUUAAAGUAUCCGCUCCGCUGCAGGCCCUAUCGAAGGGUGACAAGCAGCGAUCCGUGGAGUUUAAGAUGAAGAAUGAAAAGUCCAAAAUGUUGACAAUCACCGAUGGUACCAAGAUGAUGAAAGCGAUCGCAUUUACAAACAGCAGUUUGGAAGCCUUCCUGCCGGGUGGCGGCAGAGUGUUGAGCGCGGCCACGACGAAGCAUCCACUGCUGGAAGUAUCGCUGCCAGUGGAGGCGGAGAUGCUGCCUAUGUGGAGCUAUCAGUUGAUAUCGCUGGGCGAAUUAACGAAUACCAUGACGACGACGUACAAUCUGGUCGGGGACGUGAGCCACUUCCAGCAAACUCUCAACAGAGAGAUCUGGGUGAACGACACGAGGGUCAUAAGCGUCGAAUUCGAACAGGCGUUCAGCCGCGAGACGUUCUACGACAAAGCAGGCACACCCUUAUUGACGGUGACCUUCGAUCUGGCGGGACUGCCAUUAGUUUGGCAACCGCACGAGCAAGGCCACAACUUCAGCAUAACGUACGACCGAUUCAACAGAAUCGAGAGCUGGAAGUGGGGCAUAUCCGACGAGUCCUACGGCUACGACCGUCAUGGCCAAUUGGCGGAAAUCACUAACAGCAAAGAUGGCACGAAACGAUAUACCUACAACGACUUCAACAUACUGUCGAAGAUCACGCUGGCCAGCAACAGGGAGUUCUCGUUACAAUACGAUGAUGACGGUGGGCUGCGACACAUCAUCCUGCCCUCGGAGACCAAGCACUCCUUCUCCUGUCAAGCUUCUCUCGGCUUCCUCAGGGUCACGUACACCCCGCCCGGCAGCACGAGAGUAUAUCUGCAGCAUUAUAGUCACGACGGGAAUCUGCUUCAAACCGUAUUCCCGGGAGACGGAGCUCGCAUCGUCUAUCGAUACCACACGUCGGGUCAACUGGCGGAAGUGGUUCACGGGGAUGGCAAGAGCGAGAUCAGAUACACCGACAGCGGAUUGCCCUCCGAGGUGAUACACUCCGAGAGGGACGUGGAAUACAAAUGGGACUAUCAAUAUAGCGCAGGGCUCUUGGUAGAGGAGCGCAUAGAUUUCGGCGCCAAGACCGGCUUGAGCAACGCCAAGUUCACCUUCGAGUACGACUCCAACUUCCGGCUGGUCGCGGUGCAGGGUAGAAUAGGCGGGCAGACCUUGCCGCCGCACACUAUGGCUUACAGCACGAGGUCGGGCACGUUGGAGCAAGUCGGCCAGUUCAAAGUGACGCGGCCGCAAUCGAACGAGACGACCGUGUUCGACGGAACCGCGCUGUUCUCGCGUACCACAGACGACAGGUUCCUGGAAACCGAAGUCACCGUGACGAUCCAUCGCAUGCAAGUGUUCAGGAUGACGUUCACUCACGACUCGCGCGGCCGCAUCAAUCAAACGAGGACAUAUACGCGCAACGUCGCCGUCAACACGUACACCAAUGUGAAGAAUUACACGUGGGAUUGCGAUGGUCAACUGACCGGUGUGGAGGCCCAAGAGCCUUGGGGUUUCAAAUACGACGCCAACGGUAACAUGCUGUCGCUCACUUACCGCGGUAACACGAUCCCGAUGGAAUACAACGCGAUGGACCGGAUAGUCAAGUUCGGCGACGGCCUCUACAAAUACGACAACAGGGGUCUGGUGGUGCAGAACGCGAGAGAGGAGAGAUUUAAUUACAACGCCAAGGGACUGCUCGUGCGCGCCACCAAGCGCGGCCGCUUCGACGUGCGAUACUAUUACGACCACCUGGACCGCUUAGCCACGCGAAAGGACAAUUACGGCAAUGUCACGCAGUUCUUCUACAACAACCAGAAGCGCCCGCACGAAGUGAGCCAGAUAUACAGCCCGCGUGAUGGUAAACUGAUGUCGUUGGUGUACGACGACCGGGGACAUCUCAUAUUCGCGCAAGUGUACCGUCACAAGUACUACAUCGCCACUGAUCAAUGCGGUACGCCCAUCAUGAUCUUCAAUCAGUAUGGAGAAGGCAUCAGGGAGAUUAUGCGCUCGCCCUAUGGCCAUAUCGUUUACGACUCCAACCCCUAUCUAUACCUGCCGGUUGAUUUUUGCGGCGGACUCUUGGACCAGGUGACGUCCUUAGUCCACAUGCCAAACGGGAAGGUUUACGAUCCACUGAUCGGCCAGUGGAUGUCGCCGCUAUGGGAGAACGUCCUGGACAGGGUGGAUAAGCCAACGCACCUACAUCUGUAUAGGUUCAACGGGAACGAUCCGAUCGACAUCAGGCACACAGAUAGACCGAGUCAACCGACUGAUCACAUAUCAUGGCUGUCGCAUCUCGGGUAUGACCUGAAGAGCUUGGCGCCGCAAUUAUUCCCGGACGAGCUGCCGAACAGUCUCGUACCGCCGGCGCUCGGCCCGGGCACUUCCAUAUUCGGCAAGAAGAAGCGAACGCGCAACUUGGGCGUCCAGUCUGGCUUCCUCGCGCACAUCGCCCAGAGGCACUCCGGCGAUGCCGCAAGCCUGUCCGCGCCGCCACGGUCGGCCCUGAAGAAAGACACGAGCGAGUUGAUACCCAGCCGCCUGGGUGCGGCGUCCGACCCGCCGUUCGGCAAAGGCAUCCUGGUCUCAAGAACCGCCGACGGUCAAGCGGUGGUGUCGAGCGUGCCGACCGCCAACGCUAUCUACGGCGACGUAUUCACGUCCGUGUUCAACCGCUCGUACUUCUUGCCGUUCACGUUUGUCGUGCACAGUGCGCAGCAGGACGCAUUCUACUUCGUGAAGGAGGAAACCUGGCGGGCCAGCGAGGACCGCGGCCAAUUGAAGCGGCUGGGUGGUCAGGUGAACACGACCUUCCACGAGAACGAGAACGGCAGCGGCAGCAGCAGCAGCUCGCUGAUCGACGUGAAGAUACACGGCGCCAGCUACGUGGUAAAUCUGCGUUACGGCACGACGGCGGAGAAGGAGAAGCAGCGGCUUCUGCAUCACGCGAAAACGAGCGCGGUGAGGAAGGCUUGGCACCGGGAACGCGAGGCGCUCAAGGCUAACAUACCCACGUCGAUCGAGUGGAUGGCCACGGAACAGGAUGAGAUACAGAAGAACGGUAUCGCUAACAAUUACGACGGCGAAUACAUACACGACGUGCAGCAGUACCCCGAGCUCGCGGAGGACCCGUACAACAUCAGGUUCGUGAAGAAGGCUGUGGACCAGUCGAGUAAGAAGCGACGCAGGAGGAGAGGUGCGCCGUCCUGUAAGCUCUGGUGGUUGGAUAAGAUGUGCUAGAGAACGUUCAUACGUCGUUGGCACCGAGUCAGUCGUACCCGUCCCCUUCGCGUGGGGACAUUGUCCAGUCCGAGGCCGCGCAAACUUUCGACUAAGCGACAACCGAAGCAACGAGCGAACGAGAAAGAGUUAGAGAGGGAAAAAGAGAGAAAGUGGAGCAGAGAGAGACGGCUGAAGAGAGAGGGUCAAGGUCGAGCCGCUGCAGCACGCGCGCAGCGUCUCUCUGUAUAUGCACGCGCAUAUAUAUAAACGUACUGAAUACUAUCAAAAAGUUUUAUACCAAAGUCUAUUUGUGUAUUUCAAAGAUGCCAAAAACACUAUAACGUUAUUAUAUAUGUCUACGUGUGUGUGCGUUUGUAGUGUGUAUAUGCAUCCACACACGUGUACACAUAUAUAUUAUAAAUAUAUAUACACCGCGAGAUAGGGUAUAGUGUGUAAGAGCGUUAAACACGCGGAAGAACGCGGGUUACCAAGCAUUCACUCCACGGACCAGCUGUGCGACCGAAAUGUGACUGGCAGAUCCGCGAAAGCCUUAUAGCGACAAAGAGAAAGAAAAAGAGAGAGAGAGAGAGAGAGACAGACAGAGAGAAACGAAGAGAGAGAGAGAGAGAGAAGGAAGAAGAAGAAGAAGAAGAAAGAGGGAUAACCGGGAGAGAACGUAUACCCGAUCCCGAGACUGCGAAUCUGGAGAGGGCGGAGACACAGCGAGAUCUUCUCGGAGAUUCGGCGUGACGUUGACGCAGCUGGAGCUCUUCUUCAGCAGCUCGCAGAUUCGGAUGCAAUUCGAAUUCCAUGGGUACGUUCGCAAGGCCGGCAAGCUCGUCGAGCUUGCGCUCGAGGCCUAAAUAAACGGCGGACCGUGGCACCGCGCGCACACGUCGUACACGCACUCGCGACGGUACACGUCGCAUUAACGCAGGUAACUAUAGAUAAAUAUAUAUAUGUAUGUAUAACGCAAAAGAAAAGAAAAGGAAAAAAAAAAAGAGCGGGAGAGAGAGAAAUACGAGAGAGGCGAAGAAGUGGCGAGAGCAGAGGAAUCGGAGAACCGGCCAUUCGUCGUUGAGGGCGAAUCGAGUGAGAGAAACUAGUCAAUACAUAGCUUUACAUUGACGUAGCAGCCUUCUUCGUGGUGUAGGGUAAAAACACGAGGAAAGAGUGCGGAGAGCCAGGAGAAGUGACCUCGUUAAACGUUACGAUGACGCGGACGCUACGUAUGUGUUCGCCCGGCCGGACCCGUUGACCCGCGCGCGAUACUUGAAGAACGUCGUACUUAGACGCUCGCGAAUCUCGACGUCGGCUUACUUAUCGGAACAGUGGAUACCGGCCGCCCGGCAGCGAAUGCGGGACGCGUCUCAACAAUGAAUGGCCCCCGUGCAGGAAGGUAGUGAA